UUAAAAAAGGGGACCCGAAGAGGCGCUGCUUUCAUCACCUAUUUUUUACUCUUGCAACAAUGGAGUUUAAUCCAAAGAGGACUGUUUUAACGCUGAUUUUGAUCCAAUGUUGGAGCAUCCCCCGGUCCUUAUCCUUUAAUGUGGGAACUGCUGGAGCCAAGGUAUUCUCUGAACCUGCUGUAGAGGAGUUUGGAUACACUGUGCAACAGUUCAGGAAUCACCAGGGCAAAUGGUUGCUGGUUGGUUCUCCCUGGAGUGGAUACAACCAGGACAGGAAAGGAGAUGUCUACAAGUGUGAGAUCAGAGGGGCCAGUUCAGGAUGUCAUAGACUCAACCUGCAGAACUCAGUCAGCAUAUCAACAGUGAGGAACGUCAAUGUCAACAUGAGCCUGGGGCUGACCCUAACCCGUACAGCUACAGAAGAUACAUUUAUGACAUGUGGACCUCUGUGGGCUCAGAAAUGUGGCAGUCAGUAUUACUACCCAGGGAUCUGUGCAGAAGUCGGCCCUCUCUUCAACCCCCUGUCUUCAUUCUCACCUGCCCUUCAGACUUGUGGGGGUCCCAUGGAUAUUGCUAUUGUCUUGGAUGGCUCUAACAGUAUAUAUCCCUGGCCACCAGUUGUGGCUUUCCUCAAGAAACUGUUGGAGAACUUGGAUAUUGGACCUGACAAUACUCAGGUAAGUAUUAUACAGUACGCAGUUGAUCCGUCUUUUGAAUUCCAUCUGAACUCCUACAAAACCAAAGACUCAAUCAUUGCGGCUGCAGCGAACAUACUCCAGAAGUCAGGCUUGGAGACUAACACCUUCCGGGCCAUUGAAUUUUCCAGACAGCAGGCGUUCUUGCCUAGGAACGGUGGCCGACCUGGAGCCAGUAAGGUGAUGGUGGUGGUGACGGAUGGAGAGUCUCACGACAAGGACCUCAAAGACAACGUCAUCGGGAAGUGUGAGCAGGACAAGAUCACCCGGUUUGGUAUUGCUGUCCUUGGGUAUUACAUAAGGAAUGACAUCGACACUAAAAACCUGAUUGCUGAGAUCAAGUCCAUCGCCAGUACCCCGGCAGACAGGUACUUCUUUAAUGUGUCAGCUGAGGAAGCUCUGCUUGAGAUCGCUGGAACUCUGGGAGACAGAAUCUUCAAUAUAGAGGGUACUGGGAAAGGGGGUGAUUUUCAGAUGGAGAUGUCCCAAGUGGGGUUCAGUGCCCACCAAACCAAGAAGCAGAACAUGAUGAUGCUGGGUGCAGUGGGGGCCUAUGGCUGGAGUGGUACUGUGGUUCACUACACUGCUCAGAAAUCAGACAUCUUCCCCAAGACGACCUUUGAGAAAGUCCUAGAGGACAGAAACCACAGUUCACUAUUAGGCUACUCCGUGACAACGCUGAAUGAUGGCAGCACGGAGUACUAUGUGGCUGGCGCUCCUCGGUCCAACCACACUGGACAGGUCAUAGUGUACACCAUCAACAGCAAGGGACAACCCACCGUCAUAGACUCCCAGAGAGGAGAUCAGAUAGGCUCCUACUAUGGCAGUGUACUCUGUCCUUUGGACGUGGAUAAAGAUGGUGUGUCUGAUCUACUGCUGGUCGGCGCUCCCAUGUUCAUGAAUGAACAGAAGAAGGAGACUGGGAAGGUCUAUCUCCUCUCUUUCACCAAGGGCGUCCUAAGUGACCAGGGGUUCCUGAAGGGUCCAUCCCCAGUGGACAACGCUCGUUUUGGGAUGUCUAUCUCAGCGGUGCCUGACCUCAACAUGGAUGGUUACAGUGAUGUGGUGGUAGGAGCCCCACUGGAAGACAACAACAGGGGGGUCAUUUAUGUCUUCAACGGGGACAAGAAGAGGCUGAGGACACAGUGCUCUCAGAAAAUCCUAGGCUCCAAGCUGGACCCUGCGUUGAAGUAUUUUGGGCGGUCCCUAGACGCCAGUUCCGACCUAAACGAUGACACCAUCCCAGAUGUAUCAGUGGGGGCUUACGGGAAGGUGGUCCAGCUCUGGUCUCGAGGUCUGGCCGUGGUGACAGCGAGGGCGACCUUUAACCCUGACAAGGUCAGCAUCCUGAGUAAGACGUGCAGGGUCAGUGGGAGGCUGGUGUCCUGCUUCAACACUUCUGUCUGUUUCAGCGCCACCUUCAGGCCCAAGAUACCUGUGGGACCUGUGGCUCUCAGGUACAACCUGACCCUGGAUGCUGAUCUCCAGUCGUCUCGCGUCACCUCCAGAGGUCAGUUCAGUAACUCAGAGAGAGUCCUGCAGAAAGAGAUCAGGGUUUCCACCAGGGAGGUCUGUGACACCCUAGAGGUCUUUGUUCAGGAGGCCCCUGACUUUGUGAGCUCCAUCGGUCUGCGUGUGGACAUCACUCUGCAGCACCCAGACUCCAGUCCUGUUCUAGAUGUGCUCCGUCCUACUGCAUGGGAGUUCUUUAUCCCAUUCUCCAAAGACUGUGGCUCUGACGAGCUGUGUGAGAGUGACCUGCUCUUGAACGUCAAGAAAGGAGAGAUGAUUCCCAGUUCGUCUAAGAUGUUGGUCAGCUUUAAGAACAAGAGGCUGUCCUUCACUGUGUCUGUGACCAACAAGAAGGAGAAUGCGUACAACACCCGAGUCAUGGCCACAUACUCAAAAAACCUCUUCUACGCCUCCAUCACUCCUCCAAGUGAUGGAACAGAGGUGAAGUGCAGCUCCACCAAAGAGUUCCGUAGCCUCUCAUGCCAGGUGGGGUACCCAGCUUUAAGGCAGAACCAAGAGGUGACAUUCGUAAUCAACUUUGACUUCAACCUGAAUCAACUGCAGACCGAAGCCGAUGUGAGCUUUGAAGCUCUAAGUGACAGCAAAGAGGUGAACCCCUCAGACAACCAAGCCUCUAUCUCCAUCCCUGUCCACUAUGAUUCAGAGAUCGCUCUCUCCAGGGAAGCAAAUCUAAAUUUCUACGUGGUUGACAUGGAUAAUGAGGUGAAGACCACAGUGAAUACUUUCAAUGACAUCGGCCCUGAGUUAAAAUUCUCUCUGAAGGUUUCUACAGGGAAUUUCCCAGUGAAUAUUGCCUACCUCACAGUCUCACUGCCCAGCGCUACAGCAGGAGGGAACCCAUUACUGUAUGUGACAGGAGUCAACACUGCACCUGCUGGAGAUGUUAGCUGUGAAGUAACCAGCCUCGUCAAUCCUCUGAAGAUCAGUGAGAAGCCUUACACACCAUCCUUCUCCAAGGAGAACCUCAUGGGCACAGAGGAGCUGAACUGUAAGACAGCCAAGUGCCAACCUAUGAAAUGUGUCCUGAAAGACAUGGAGUUGAUGAGCGAUUUCUUUGUGAACGUGACCACACGGAUAUGGAACGGUACCUUUGCUGCUUCCUCAUUCCAGUCCACCGUGCUGACUGUGAGCACAGAGAUAGAGCCUUCCCAACCUGAACUGCUGGUUAUCUCUCACAAGCACCUGACGGUUGGCGUCACCAUCAGUAAACCAGGGGUGAAAGGAGAGGUGCCUGUAGGCAUUAUUGUGGGCAGUGUGAUUGGAGGCCUGCUUCUAUUGGCUCUCAGCAUUGGCCUGCUUUGGAAGUUUGGCUUCUUCAGGAGAAAGUACCAGCAGCUGAUGAAGAACACUGAUGAAGACCAGGCGGAGACCGAGGGUCUGCAGGAGAAUGCAGCAGCGUGAGAACCAGGCG